AUGCAACUAGCAACAUUAACUUCAAAAUCGUCCCGUUUGCGGACUAUAAGGCUAAACUAUGCUUCCAUUUUAUUUCUACUUAUCCUAUCCAUUUUCAUUGAAACAAGCAAUGCUCAAUACAGAAAUAACGAUUCCAAUACGGUAACACCACCACCAGGUUAUGCAUUUGCACCCGGCUAUGGUCCAUCCCAAUAUCAACCAAGAGUUCCUAAAACUAGCGGUGAUUGCAAUAAUUGUAAUCAACCAUGUUUUUGUAUAGCACAAAAAGGAGAUCAGGGUCCAGCUGGUCCAAUGGGUCCUACGGGUGCUCGAGGGUCAGAUGGUGUUCAUGGUCCUGAAGGGCCGGAGGGUAUGAAAGGAGAAAAAGGUGAUCGGGGUUUACCCGGCCUACCUGGUCAAAAAGGUGACAGAGGACGAUCCGGUGAACCAGGAAUGCCUGGCCAUCCCGGUUUGCCUGGUCUUCCGGGUCCAAGAGGACCAGAAGGUUUACCUGGUCGUGAUGGUUGUAAUGGAACAAAAGGAGAACCUGGCCGAUCAGGAUUUAGUGGACAGCCUGGCCGUCCCGGUGAACCUGGUCUACCUGGACAAAGAGGACCAAAGGGUGAACCUGCACAAGCUUUACCCGGAUAUAAAGGAGAAAUCGGAGAAAUGGGACCUCCUGGUCUUCCCGGUGCUGCUGGGCCUCCUGGCAAUUCUGGAAUGCCUGGAGCACCAGGUGGAAUUGGUUUUCCUGGACGUGAAGGUGCACGAGGUGAACGAGGUGAACCAGGUCGUCCAGGUAACGCUGGAGUUGGACUUAGUGGUGAAAAAGGUCAAAAAGGAGAGCCUGGAUCAUCUGCUCCUUAUACACCACCAUCGAUCGCUGAAAUACAAGGUAACUACAGUUAUGUUCCACUAUCGAUUCCUGGCGCACCGGGUCAAAAGGGUGCUAUGGGACCUAAAGGAGAACCUGGAGAGAUUGGUUAUCCAGGUGCACCUGGUUCUGCCGGACCACCAGGGUUACCCGGUGAAAAAGGUGUACCAGGUCCUGUUGGACCUCGUGGCGCUACUGGAAUGCCUGGUCAAGCUGGUUUCCCUGGACAAUCAGGUGAUCGUGGUAGUCCUGGUUAUCCUGGCCAAUCAGGCAGCCCAGGAAGACCUGGUCAAAAUGGUUUACCAGGAGAAAAAGGUGAUCGUGGUUUCCCUGGUAUGCCUGGCAUGUGUUUACCUGAUCAAGGAACGGAUUCAUUGCCUGGACAACCUGGACCAGCAGGACCAAAAGGAGAACGCGGUCCACCCGGAUCACCCGGCUAUCCUGGACCACCGGGUUUACCUGGAAGUCAAGGACCAAAAGGUGAUCGUGGUUUUGAUGGAUUACCUGGCAGCCCUGGUCAACCCGGACGUGAUGGUAUGAAAGGCGAAAGAGGAGAUAGUGGACGACAUGGUAAAGAAUUUAUUUAUAAAGAAAAGUAUAAAUGUUCUAAAUAUACCCAUUGUAUCAUAGGUGAUCCUGGUCCAUCUGGAUUUCCCGGCCCACAAGGUUAUCGUGGAGCUAAAGGUGAACCGGGUCCAAAAGGUGAACCGGGUCGUGCAAUUGCUGGCCCACCUGGUCUUGAUGGUUAUCCUGGUCAAUCUGGUCCAGCAGGACAAAAAGGUGAACCCGGCCUACGUGGUACACCUGGUUUACCUGGCAAUUCAACCGCUGGUGUUGGUAUACCUGGUCCACAAGGACCCGUGGGUCCACCUGGCAGUUCUGGCGUACCUGGUUUUCAAGGUGUUGCUGGUAUGAAAGGAGCUAAAGGAGAUCGAGGACUUGAUGGUGUAUGUGGUGCUCGUGAUGGUUUGAAAGGUAGCAAGGGUGAACCAGGCUAUCCUGGAGAAGCUGGUACACCUGGUCAACGUGGUACAUCAGGAGAAAAAGGUGAUCGAGGUGAUGUUGGCCCACAAGGUUAUCCUGGUAAUGUUGGUUCAGCUGGUGCACCCGGUCGUAAUGGUAAUGAUGGUAUACCGGGUGGAAAAGGAGAAAAAGGAGAACCAGCUCGUGUUGCAACAGUACAAGGAGUUUCAGGAGAAAAAGGAACACCAGGUCUUCCCGGUUUGAAAGGUGAUCGCGGUGAGAAAGGUGCACCAGGUUAUAGUGGUCGUGAUGGUCAACCAGGUGCUAUGGGGCCAGUCGGACCAAAAGGUGAUGCUGGUUAUCCCGGUCAACCAGGCCCGCCAGGUAGUCCAGGUCCCAUGGGUGAUAUUGGUCCACCAGGUGCUACACUUCCAGGUGAAAAAGGGGAAAAGGGUAUUCCAGGUCCAGUCGGUAUUCCUGGUCCACACGGUACUGCAGGUCAAAAGGGAGAACCAGGUCGAUCAGCACCUCCAGGAUUAGCAGCCAUGCCAGGUCCACAAGGAGAGAAAGGUGAUCGUGGAUUAGCAGGCAUUCCAGGGACCCCAGGACUUCCAGGUCCAAAUGGUUUAUCAGGAUUACCCGGAGCACAUGGAGCUAAAGGCGAACCAGGUCUACCCGGUAUUCCAGGUCUUCCGGGACCAAAGGGCAUAACAGGUUAUCGUGGAGAACCAGGUAUUCCCGGUCGUGAUGGAACACCAGGUCUUUCAGGUCCAAAAGGAUUUGAUGGAGCACCAGGUUUAUCAGGUCGUCCAGGAGAAAAAGGUGAACCAGGACUUCCAGGUCCAGGCUUUCCAGGAGCCCCUGGUCCUGUUGGCCCGGCUGGUGAACGUGGAUUUCCAGGCUUACCUGGACCAAUGGGUGAAAGUGGAUUGCCAGGCAUGAAAGGAGAAUCUGGUCUACCCGGUGUUAAUGGUCUCCCCGGACCCGUGGGCAUAAAAGGUGAUCGAGGAGAACCAGGUAUUGGUGGACAAAAAGGUGAUCAAGGUCCAUCAGGCGCACCCGGCUUACCAGGUCUUCCUGGACCAAUUGGUCCACCAGGUGCCCCCGGCUUUGCUGGAGAAAAAGGUUUUGCUGGAUUACCUGGAGCUAAAGGAGAACCAGGCUUACCAGGUUUACCGGGAAUGAAAGGUGAACGUGGAUUGAAUGGAGGUCCAGGAUUGAAUGGUGUACCAGGUUUACCAGGUGAAAAAGGUGUUCCAGGCUUUCCAGGAGCAUCAGGACCAAGUGGAUUACCAGGUCUUCCAGGUACUUUAGGACCAAAGGGUGAUCGAGGUCUAUCGGGUUUACCAGGACAAGCUUGUACAUCAUGUAUUCCGGGUCAACGAGGUGAUCGAGGUUUAUCAGGUGCACCCGGUCUACCAGGUCAAAAAGGAGAACCAGGUGCAGCUGCUGCACGUGGACCUUCAGGCGAACGUGGACCACCAGGUCUUCCAGGCGCACCAGGCCUUCCAGGAGCUCCGGGUAAAGAUGGAUUACCGGGUCUUCCAGGGGCUAAAGGAGAACGUGCUGUUGGUCAAACAGGUAUCAAAGGAGCUAUAGGUGAACCAGGUCUUCCAGGUCCAUCGGGUAUACCAGGAACUCCUGGUGAACGUGGAUUUCCGGGCAAUGCUGGAGCUCCUGGUGCACCGGGUGAACGAGGUUUACCAGGUCCCAGUGGGUUACCAGGCGCACCUGGACUUCCUGGCGCUGUUGGACCGAAAGGUGAUAAUGGAUACAAUGGAUUACCUGGACCUAAAGGUGAAGCAGGUCCACCAGGUUUGAAUGGACCACCAGGCAUGAAUGGUAUUUCGGGAAGCAAAGGUGAAUCAGGCUUACCAGGUCGAGAUGGUGGUGCUGGCUUACCAGGUCUUAAAGGUGAACGUGGUCUUAAUGGAUAUCCAGGUGUUCCGGGAGCUAAAGGUGCUGCUGGCGCACCAGGUUUACCAGGCGCACCAGGUCUUGUUGGUCCACCAGGUACUCCUGGCACCAAUGGACUUCCAGGACAAAAGGGAGAUGCAGGUUUACCAGGCUUACCAGGCUCAAAUGGUCCACCUGGAUUGAACGGAGCACCUGGCCUUCCUGGAGAUCUUGGUAUAUUUAAUAACUAUAUAAAAGAAAUGACUUUUUUUAAUGAAUUCGUUUCUCUUAUUAUAGGCUUACCAGGGGCAUCAGGUCAAAAAGGUGAACCAGGUUUUGCUACGCCUGGUCCUAAAGGUGAACCUGGUCUAAGUGGUCGUGAUGGCAUGCCAGGUCUUCCAGGAGAGAAAGGAAAUCUAGGUUUAAUCGGUCCAGCUGGUAUUCCUGGUCGAGAUUGUGAUACACCUAUUGUUGGACCAAAAGGUGAUGCUGGCCUCCCAGGUCUUCCAGGUUCACCAGGUUUACAAGGUCUUCCCGGUGCCCCUGGCUUGCCAGGUAUUCCAGGUCCUAAAGGACGUGAUGGACUUCCAGGUCCAAGUGGUUUACCGGGUCUUCCAGGAAAUAGUGGAUUUCCAGGCAGUCCAGGCCUUCCCGGACAGAAAGGUGACCGUGGUCUUGAUGGUCGUCCUGGUUCUCCUGGAUUGCCCGGUGUACCUGGUCUGAAAGGUGAAUGUGCUCCACCAGACCUAGUCGUUGGUCGUCCUGGUUUGAAAGGAGAUCAAGGUCCAGCAGGAUUACCAGGUUUGCCCGGACUUCAAGGACCACUAGGUCCAUCUGGUCCACGAGGAGAAACUGGUCCACCAGGGCAACCCGGUCAACCAGGUUUACCAGGUUAUGUUGGACCUAAAGGUGAACGUGGUACUUCAGGUAUUCCAGGUGUUAGUGGUAUUGCUGGUCCACCAGGUGCUAGUGGUCCUCCUGGUCCACCAGGCCCUGGUCUUCAACGAACUGGUUUUCUGGUCGUACGUCAUUCACAAUCAGCUCAAGUACCCGAAUGUCCAUCUGGCAUGGUUAAACUUUGGGAUGGUUAUAGUUUACUUAUGAUGCAGGGCAAUGAUCAUGGUUAUCAUCAAGAUCUUGGUUCGGCUGGUUCAUGUCUUCAAAAAUUUUCAGCAUUACCAUAUUUACGUUGUGAUCAUACAAAUGUUUGUUAUUAUGGUCAAACAAAUGAUUUAACAUAUUAUUUAUCAACAACAGAACCAAUGCCAAUGAUGCCUGUUCAACGUGAACAAAUUCGACCAUAUAUAUCACGUUGUGCUGUGUGUGAAGCACCUGCCAAUGUUAUGUCAUUCCAUAGUUUAUCAAUGACACCACCACCAUGUCCAAGUGGUUGGAAUAUCCUAUGGCAAGGUUACAGUUUUGUAAUGCAUCUUGGUCGUGGUGCCCAAGGCGGUGGCCAAUCAUUAUCAAGUACUGGUUCAUGUCUUGAAGAUUUUCGUGCAACACCAUUUAUUGAAUGUUCAGGAACUGAUGGUAAUUGUAUGUAUUAUGCAAAUAAAUUUAGUUAUUGGAUGACUGUUAUUGAUCAAAAUAAUCAAUUUGAAAUCCCCCGACAAGAAACAUUAAAAUCUGGCAAUCAUAGAAAUAAAAUAAGUCGUUGUACGGUUUGUUUGAAAACACAACAAGGCAUUGGACAAGGUGGUUAUCAAACUGGAAACUACUAUGUUGGGCAAACAUUGAAGAAACAUUAA